CGACCUGGCAGCGCGCAAUGUACUAAUCGACAACAAUAAGACAUUGAAAAUAUCAGAUUUCGGUCUGUCUAGACAUGGCAUCUACACAAAUACCAAAACACGCAAGCUACCUUUGCGAUGGCUUUCCAUUGAAGCCAUACGGGAUAAUGUCUACUCGAGCAAGAGCGACAUUUGGGCCUACGGUGUGGUGCUCUGGGAGAUUGGCACGCUCGGCGCAUCGCCAUAUCCCACCAUAAGCAACAGCGAGCUGAUACCGUUUCUAUUAGCGGGCAAUCGUCUGGAGCGACCCGAGAUUUGUACACCUCAGGUGUACACAAUAAUGCUGCAGUGUUGGCUGGAGGAGCCCGAAGAGCGGCCCACAUUUGAUGCACUUUACAAGGUAUUAAGCCCGAAGACCACCUAUGUGGACAUUAACAGUCUGAGUGAUGAUUAUGUGUUUCCACCGAUUAAAGAGUAA